UGUUCACAAAGCGUAGCACCAUCGACAAACCUCAAACAUCAAGAGACGGUCUGAAUAUGAGAAUACUCCUCAGCUUUCUCCUUGGACUUAACAGUAUUGGUCUUCUCUCUGGUGCAGAAGUGCAAGGGAACACGCUCUCAUGUUUGAAUGAUUAUGUGGUCACUGUAAGAUGCAUACUUAACAUGUCUUCACAUCCCCUCCAAGUGGAAAAUGUCUCCUAUUGGCUGGAAUUUGUACGGAAUGACAAUGAAACAUUUGAGUGCUCACUUGUGAAAGUAACGGACCAUUAUUACUGUACAUUUGAAUCAACAGAUGAAUUUAUAGAUUCUGAACAUUUUGUGAUUGCCCUUUGUUCAAAAACAAAUGGAAAAACACACUGUCUGGCCAUGGAAAAUAUGUACAUACCAAUGGUUCACAUUAAACCAACUACUCCAGGCAACCUUAAUGUCCGCUGGAAUUCUGGUCACUACAGGUUUACUUGGGAGAAUGGCUAUGAGAAAUACACACCUCCUGUUUUACUGAUUCUGAAAUACCAUCUCCAGUACUACAAGCGUGGACAUGCAGACAGCGCACUAAUGAUACACCCAUUUAAUACAACACAACAUAUUGAUGCCAUCAACUUUGAACCAGAUACUGAAUAUAUUGCAAAAGUGCGCUCCAGUCCAGACCAGAUAUAUUAUCAAGGACAGUGGAGUGAGUGGAGCCCUGCGGUUCAGUGGAGAACCAAUGCAAGUCAAGAUGUUUCACCCCCAAUGAAUGCAGAUGUAUUCCUGUUCAUUGGGUCUCUUGCUUUCCCAGUGUGUGUGAUAGCUGGUUUGCUGUUUUUUCUGUGUCUCAGUCCCAGAAUCAGGUUGAAGAUAAAGUCAUGUUCUAAGGUACCAACACCAGCUGCAUACUUUCAGACACUCUAUAGCCACUAUGAUGGAGAUUUCCAGAGCUGGCUUGUGUCUUCAGGCAAUCUGGGUGAACCGUUCAAGAUGGAAGAAGUUUUGAAAAUUGACACCCUGACUGAAGCUACAGCUGUAGAUGACGAAGACAAGUUCUUGUCACUCGCAUUUUACCAGACCCAGUGUCAACCUGCCUAUGUCAACCCAUGUGGUAAUGUUUGUAGUAUGGCCAAAGAAGACAACCAUCACACAGUGCUACCAGCUUCCAUGCAGAGCUCUAGCUCCAAAAUGCUCAGCACCCUCUCUCUGGGCCUUGCAGGCACUAGCAGGGAUGACUCAGGGUGUGAAGAUCCAGUCCGCAGCGUCGACAGCAGCUGGCCUCACGAUACCGUGUUGUCCUUUGAGGCAGAGAGCAUGGCUUACAGUGAAGACUACUGCACCCUCUCUGACACCCACAUUGACCUCAUUCCCACCAAUGGGGUGGAGCAGUCCAGCUUCUCGGGCAGUUCUCACUGAGGUCAUCUCUGAUGGAAACAUUUCAGUUGAGAAUUGAAGUUUUAUCCUCUGGCACAGCCUAAGCAUGACUAGCAGCUUCAUUUGCUCAAGCUUGUGAUUUUGUCUUAACAUGAUCUGAAUUAUCAUAUUUUCCCAUGAUAAUUACACCACAUCCAUUUAUACUUUUUCCUUCAUCAGAUAAACUGUUGACAGUGUGUCCUGAUGUUUGGGCAAAUACAUGUUGAUUUUGCUAAAAGCACCACAGUUUUCUCUUCUGUCAGUUGGAGGAGUUAUGGCACAGUCACAUGUAUACACAAGAGAAUAUUCCCACACUUAUUGUGUUCCCAGGCCUAUUUUUAUUUUCAUAUAUUAUUUUUGUUGUACAUUUUAUUUGUAACGUGAUUUGCCCAUGGUCAAAAAAACGAGCAGAUGUCACAUUGUGUUCUGAUCAAAGUAAGAGCAUGUAAAUGCAAACCAGGAAUGGAAUUGGGUGGGGCCCUGGAAGACACCCUGGAUGAGUGUGAUCAUUAUGAAGGGCCACAAAUUGCUGACAGUAAUAUAUUAGAAGUAAGAUCUAAACCUAAAUCUGCCAACAAGAAUCAGUAUCAUCCACCUACAAUGCAGUAAAACCUCAUGACACCCUGUAGCCACGGCUAAUCUAAUAUAUAUAAAAAAAAAUAAGAGUAAUCUUAAGAGAGCCAUAAAUCCAUUACAUAAGAGUGCAUUUUGGUAUUGGGUUGCCACCAUACACUGUUAGGAUAGAAAAGAUUUAGCAAAUGAUGAUACAUGCUUAAAAAGGGUCCAAGCGAGGCUUUCUAAGAAGAAGGGCAGUGCUAGGUUUUCAGUUAAAUUUUCAGCACAGCUCCAGGUUGAAGUGAGAUACUGAUGAUUUCCAUCAUAACAGGGUACUGGAUUGCGAAGGCAUGUUUUUGCAUAAAUAGGAUGAAUUGCACAACUAGUGAGUCUCACUUCAGCAGCUGUGCUAUGUUAUGACUGACAGAAGAAAAGCUUGACAAACUAUCCAAAAUGUAAAUGGACAGAGGAAUUUUAAUUUUAAUGUUUAUUCUAAUUUCACAACCACUGCAAACUUGACAUCUAAUGAAUAAGAGAAGAGCUGGUGGACUGGUGUUACAUUUCAUCACAGACUUGAAAGCUCAAGAGAACGAACCUGAAUGUAAGCUUUAAAUAAAAACA